CGCGGGCGCAGAGGCCGAGGGGCUGCAGUCGCGCGGAGGUGCGGGCGGGGCAGGCGCUGCGGGCUGUAGGCUGCGGCCAUGGGGGGCUUGAAGGACGAGCUGCUCAAGGCCAUCUGGCACGCCUUCACCGCGCUGGACCUGGACCACAGCGGCAAGGUGUCCAAGUCCCAGCUCAAGGUCCUCUCCCAUAACCUGUGCACAGUGCUUCUGGUGCCGCACGACCCUGUCGCCCUUGAAGAGCACUUCAGGGAUGACGACGAGGGGCCCGUCUCCAACCAGGGAUACAUGCCGUAUUUAAACAAGUUCAUCUUGGAAAAGGUCCAAGACAACUUUGACAAGAUUGAAUUCAAUAGGAUGUGUUGGACCCUCUGUGCCAAAAAAAACCUCACCAAGAGUCCUCUACUCAUUACAGAAGAAGAUGCCUUUAAAGUGUGGGUUAUUUUCAACUUUUUAUCUGAGGACAAGUACCCGCUAAUUAUUGUGCCAGAAGAGAUUGAGUACCUGCUGAAGAAACUUACUGAAACUAUGAGCAGCAGCUGGCAGCAAGAGCAGUCUGCACAGCACAGGAUCGGCUUCGAUGACAGCAGGGACGGCCUCUCUGUGUGGGAACUUAUUGAGCUUAUUGGAAACGGACAGUUCAGCAAAGGCAUGGAUCGGCAGACGGUGUCCAUGGCGAUUAACGAAGUGUUUGACGAGCUGAUACUGGAUGUGCUGAAACAGGGUUACAUGAUGAAAAAAGGCCAUCGACGGAAAAACUGGACUGAACGCUGGUUUGUUCUGAGACCCAACAGAAUUUCUUACUAUGUGGGUGAGGAUCUGAAGGAUAAGAAAGGGGACAUUCUCUUGGAUGAAAACUGCUGUGUAGAGCCCUUGCCUGACAAAGAUGGGAAGAAAUGUCUCUUUCUCAUAAAAUGUUUUGAUAAGACCUUUGAAAUCAGUGCUUCAGAUAAGAAAAAGAAACAGGAGUGGAUUCAGGCCAUCCAUUCUGCUAUCCAUCUGCUGAAGCUGGGCAGCGCCCCGCCACACAAAGAAGCCCGCCAGCGCCGGAGAGAGCUGCGGAAGAAGGCGCUGGCGGAGCAGGAGGAGCUGGAGCGGCAGAUGCAGGAGCUGCAGGCCGCCAAUGAGAGCAAGCAGCAGGAGCUGGAGGCCGUGAGGAAGAAACUGGAAGAAGCAGCGUCUCGUGCCGCGGAGGAAGAGAAGAAACGCCUCCAGACUCAAGUGGACCUUCAGACCAGGUUCAGCACAGAGCUGGAACGGGAAAAGCUCAUCAGACAGCAGAUGGAGGAGCAGGUGGCGCAGAAGUCGUCCGAGCUGGGGCAGUAUCUGCAGCGGGUGCGCGAGCUGGAGGACAUGUACCUGCAGCUGCAGGCGGCUCUGGAGGACGAGAGACAAGCCCGGCUGGACGAGGAGACUGUGCGCAAGCUUCAGGCCAGGCUGCUGGAGGAAGAAUCUUCCAAGCGGGCUGAGCUGGAGAAGUGGCACCUGGAGCAGCAGCAGGCCAUUCAGACCACGGAGGCGGAGAAGCAGGAGCUGGAGAACCAGCGUGUCAUUAAAGAGCAGGCCCUGCAGGAAGCCAUGGCGCAGCUGUCACAGCUGGAGCUGGAGCGGAAACAGGCGCUGGAGCAGUACGAGGGAGUUAAAAGGAAGCUGGAGAUGGCAACUAGCAAGACCAAGAGCUGGAAGGACAAAGUGGCCCAGCACGAAGGGUUGAUCCGACUGGUGGAGCCAGGUUCGAAAAAUCCUCACCUGAUCACUAACUGGGGCCCCGCAGCUUUCACCCAGGCAGAACUCGAAGAGAGAGAGAAGAACUGGAAAGGGAAAAAGACCACAGAGUGACCGCACCUGCCCGGAGUCACCGGGGCGUAGACAGCAAGUGCGGCUGGACAGCUUUCCGCUAACGACAGACCGGCUUUGCUGCUUCUCUCUUUCCCGCAGCCCUUAGCCUUCUGGUUCACCCUCCCGCACAUAUCACCUGACAAGGAAGCCGCCAUCGUCCAUCUGUAGACACUCUCCCUCACGGGAACAAGGCAAUGUCACCGUGCCGUGCUCAGGACCUCUGGAUAAUCAGUCUCUUUCCUUCUCCGGGUGCCUGGCUCUCACCAGCGGCCGGUCUCCCUGUCUCCCGUGCCAGUCGCCGCGUGCCUUUGCCCGUCGCUGGCUCAGCGAGAGAAGCGGCUGGACCAGCCUCCACUCGGAAUGCUCUCAGCCCGUGUCCGCUGGUGUCAGCUUUGUUGAAGCGUCUGUUCAACGAGGGUUACGCCCUGGCUUCAGGGCCACCGUCUUCAGAGACAAGAAUUCUUUACACAGUGCUUGUCUAAGAUAGGCACUUCAGAAUCAAAGCAGAUACAAAUUUAGCAAAUCUCAUUUGAAUUGAUAUCUUACUACUAACUGAAUUCCUUCUAAUAUUCAGUGGUGUCUGCUGUCAGCUUGCUGACAGACCCCUUGGUCCCACUUUGUAGUUACUGUAUAGAAAUCUUCAAGUGUGUGGAUGCUUAUCCUAACCAGGCUUUCCCUUGAGAAAUAGGGAUAUGAUCAUUUGUAGCAACUAUACAUGAAAAAAGUCUUUAAAAUGUAUUUUUAUGAUGCGCUGUGUUGAAAAAGAACAAAAUAUUUAUAAUUUUCAAACAAUUAUCUAAAUACUGUGCAAUGUAAUAUGCUCAACCUUCUCAAGUUUUUUGCUAGUUUUCUAAGAUACAGUAAAUAUUUUGUUUUUUUUUUAGUAAAAUGGACUUGUUAAGAAAAUAAAAAAAUACAAAAAAAACCC